AUGUCUGUCACCAUGUGUCAGGGCCUGGGGUUUGUGGUGGCUGUCCUAGGCCUGGCUGGGGUCAUCGCGGCCACCUGCAUGGACCAGUGGAGCACGCAGGACCUGUACAACAACCCCGUGACCGCCGUGUUCAACUACCAGGGCCUGUGGCGGUCCUGCGUCCGGGAGAGCUCGGGCUUCACCGAGUGCCGGGGUUACUUCACCCUCUUGGGACUGCCAGCCAUGCUCCAGGCGGUGCGGGCCCUCAUGAUUGUGGGCAUCGUGGUGGGCGUCAUCGGCAUCCUUGUGUCCAUCUUUGCCCUGAAAUGUAUCCGCAUCAGCAGCAUGGAGGAUUCUGCCAAGGCCAAGAUGACGCUGACCUCCGGGAUCCUGUUCAUCAUCUCAGGUGUGUGUGCAAUUAUCGGGGUGUCUGUGUUCGCCAACAUGCUGGUGACAAAUUUCUGGAUGUCCACAGCCAACAUGUAUAGCAGCAUGAAUGGGAUGGUCCAGACGGUGCAGACCAGGUACACCUUCGGCGCAGCUCUGUUCGUGGGCUGGGUGGCGGGGGGCCUCACGCUCAUCGGAGGGGUAUUGAUGUGCAUCGCCUGCCGCGGGCUGACGCCGGAUGACACCAACUACAAAGCCGUGUCUUACCACACCUCGGGUCACAACGUCGCCUACAGACCCGGGGGCUUCAAAGCCAGCACGGGCUUUGGGUCCAACACGAGGAACAAGAAGAUGUACGAUGGUGGGGCUGCCCGGGCCGAGGAUGAGGUCCAAUCUCAGCCUUCCAAGUAUGACUACGUGUAG